UUCAAACAUCGUUAUAGAGGCCAACUUGCAAUGCAGCAGCAUUCUUUAAGUAAAUCCUUUACGAGAUUUGCUUAAGUCUGCUCAGAUAAGAUAAGACAUUUCACCUGUCCAGAUACUACAAGCUGUGAACAGUGAACCGAAUUACUCAGUUGCACUUUCGGUUUAGGUAUAAAAAAGCGAACUUGUGAUUCAAUGGCAAAAACCAAUUGUUAAAAUGGAGAAUCCAACAAUAACACGAGCUGCACUGGGUCGAAUUGCAUCGCUGGGCGAUAUUUACGAUGCCAGAAAAGACGAUUUCAUUCGGAUACCAAUUUUUAAGAAGAAAAUUCCAAGCGAUUGCCUGACGUCCACUGAUAAUCACUUUGCCGACAUUGUUUUCAUACAUUCGGAUACAUUCACCGAAAAGUUUUCUAAAUUGGAUGUUAGGGCUGAAUUACAAGUGAGUGUUCUGUGUGGUUUGCUUACACUAGAGGGAGCCGGAUGUUAUUUGAGUGACGAGAAAACAUCCGCCAGAAGUGUUAAGAGUUCGUUACUUUACAAUCUGAAGACCAAGGAAGAAUCGUUGAACGUCUAUCAUGAAGAGCUAAAAGAGGCGUAUUCCAUUGAUGCCAUUCUGUCUGGAAUCGGAACUCAUCUUGUUGUUGGUAUAUCAUGGGGAGCGAAUUGUUUGUUGUCCUGCGAGUAUCGAAAUGUCGAGGCAAAAGACAACAAGGAAAUCGAAGGUAGUUUAACCGCUCAACUGAGAAAAGCAUCGUUGGCUAUAUCGGGACAGGCCGGAGUUCAAUUUACCAACGUGGAUCAGGACAUCAAUUUUGAUAUUCGUAUUUUUGGGGAUGUUCUGCCACAAAACGAAGAUCUACCAACGACAAUUGAAGGGGGCAUCAAUCUGAUGAAACAAAUGCCGACUUUGUUAGAGAACUGUAACCAGGGCCGGGGAAAGCCUUUAUCUUAUCGCCUAUUUCCGAUCUCAUCGUUGACAAAGUACCUGAAUUGCCAGAUUCAGCCAGAUUCGAUGAUUAAAGUAUUGGAAGAGGAUUGCCUGCUAAGGAUUGUCCAUCUAUUUGAAGAUAUGUCGAAGACUCGGCAAGAACUGGCCGAUUUUUAUCAGGACGCUGUUGACAAUAAAGUGUGUCUGGUCCCGGAAGACCUGUCCUCCAUAACGAAUUUCAAGCGGGAAUUUGCUGUCGAUGAAAUAAAGUUCCGUAAAACCAUGUCCACCACACUGACCGCAAUCCGUUCCGGAAAGACUGAUGUGGUAGCGUUGGAAGAACUCAUUGACCAAUACAAAUCGUGCAAUUUCUCGCCCGUCAACUUCUCCAGCCAACUAACGAAAUGGGAGCAUAUCAUCCGGAAAAUUGCGUUCACCAAAUCGUUACGAGCAUUCGGCGCAAAAUACAUUGGCUUCGGGAAGUCGUUGGACGAUGAAAUUCUGCGACAUUUCGAAUCAAAAAUUUUCGUUUUGUACUUUAAGGAAUCGGCGAAAAUUCAGUUCAUGAAUGUGUGGACGGAAAAUCGUCAACUGUUUCUGAAGGAAAUGAAAAAGGGAGGCUGCAAGUACUUCGCUGUUGACUGUGAUGUUCAUCCCGACCUGUGGCCGGCAAUCGGAAUUUCGAUCCAAGUGUUUGUCAAUGGAACGUGCGUCACUGAAAAUCUAUUGGCGGAUCCAGACUUUGUAGUUGAAAAAUGCUGUGCAGAGAAUGACGAUCAAUUGCCGCUCGAAAAUAGUACAACAAAUUUGUAACGUCUGCGGGAAGGUUCCAAUAUCAAGACGGUUCUUAAAGACCCAUCUGACGGUAGCAAGUGUUGAACUAAUUAAAAAUGUAAAUUCCAGAGCCGAAUAUAUCGAAAGAC